AUGGGAAGAAACAACUCUUACGUUGCCGCCUCAUGUCUUUAUACAAUUUGUAGAAGGGAAAAGUCACCCGUGAUGCUAAUCGACUUUAGUGAUAUCCUACAGACCCCUGUAAAGCCCUUAGGAAAAACAUUUCUGAAGCUGUUGAGAUUGCUUCAUAUAAGUGUACCUAACAUAGACCCUUCUUUAUAUUUAGAGCGUUUUGCUCACAAAUUGAAUCUUAAAAAUGCCAUAUAUAAAGUUACGUACACAGGGAUAAAGCUUAUUCAAGCCAUGACAAGGGACUGGAUUUGUACUGGAAGAAGACCUACAGGGUUAUGUGGUGCCGCCUUGCUAAUUUCUACCAGAAUGCAUGGCAUUUUUGUUCAUUCAAAUACUAUUGCUAAUAUUGUGAGGAUAUCCAACCCUACUAUCAUUAAGAGACUUUCUGAAUUUAAAAAUACGAGUACAGCUAAAAUGAAGGUUUCCGAUUUUGACCGAAUUCGCUUGAAUGAUCUUCCAUCCAAUUCACUACCUCCUUGUGUCAUUGCCUCAAAUAAAAAAAAACUCAAACAGGACAUGCUAAGGAAUAAUCAAACAGUAUCUCUUUGUGAUAGCGAGGACAUUUUCAGCACUGCUGGAAGUGCAAAAUCGGCAAAAGAUUCAACAGGCCAACUGCUAUCUAAUGAAACCUUCUCCCCCAAUGGUAAUGAAGACACCUUAUCCUUGUGUAACACCAUGAAUAUAACAAAUGAGUACGAUGCGAAUAAUGUGUUGUCAUACAAAAAUUUGAAUCUCCUGGAUAGCCGCUCCUCCUGUAAUGGGAUGGAGGACGUCACCACCACGGAGUGCAGUGUAAAUGGAGGUAGCGCAAGUAAAAUUGGCCGCUCGAGCGAGUUGAAUAGCACCAUAAGUAGCUGCCUUCCAAGUGGAAGUACACAUGGAGGAAGCCAAACAGGGGAUGAUGGAGAAACCCUAACGAACAGUGCAACUAUAAAUGUGGAAGAAAUAUGCAAUGAGAAUCCAGAAGGAAAUGAUUUAGAUCAACUAGCCAAAAAAAUUAUCAACACGAUAGAUGUAGAGAAGCAAUCUAGCAUCCUGAAGGUCGACGUUUCUUCCUUCCAUAUGAAUAAUUCACAAUGUGAUGGCAGCGAUUCCGCUGAGGGAAGUGAAAAGGAGAAACUUCCAUUUUCUCACAGUGAGAACGGAAGACAUGUUAAAAAGGAGAAUGGUCUGUCUGACAAUCCUCCAACCAAAUCAAGUGUAUCCAUCGCGAGUAUAAAUCAUUUGUCCGAUUUGGACUCCUGCCUAACCACCCCUAUGGGUAGCGCCAAGGAGUUGACACAAUCCAAUGGUACAUGUCACAAUGGGAGUUCCUCCCCCGUAAGUAUUGAAAAGCACAACGCAUCAGGGCUUAUCUCUGCUGAUCAUAAGAACGAUUCGCUCUGCAAAAAGGGAGCGCUGCUUAAUGGGGACGAGAUGGAGGAGGGAAUGGACAACCUAAACAAUGAACACGUAACGGCAUACAAUAGCGCACUUAAAGAAACCCUAAACUCGGAACUAAGCCACCUCCUGAACGAAGUAGAUGAUUUCAAUAUCUUACAAUAUGCUAAUAAUGCAGAAGAGAACAAGAGGAGCAAUAAAACAAAUGAUAUGCACAAAGAUGAUUUAAACCAUGUUAGUAGUAUCCUCUCCGAUUUUAAUUAUUUCUUCGAAAAUAAUUCCAACACUGUAGAAAGUCAAACACCCAACGUUGCAGACAUCCCCUCAGAUGCAUCCAUUGAACAAUUCAAUGAAUCGCUGUCCGAGUUCUAUGAUAGCGAAAUUGAAAAUAUUAUUUUGUCUGAAAAGGAAAGAAGACGGAAAAUGCUCAUAUGGGAUGACAUGAUGAGGAGUUAUUUUCCACAGUACUACAAGCAGCUUAAAAAAGAGAAGAAGAAGAAAAGGUCUUCAUAUCAUCCUCACCGUGUGGUUGAAGAUAAGAGUAAAAAAAAAAAAAUAAUGGAAAAUGACCACCCGUUGGAAGAACAAACAGCAGGAGAUUCGGUCAUAAUGGCUUUAGAAAAAUCAGACAAAAGCAUGUCAACCAAAAUGAACUAUGAUGUACUCAAGUCCCUUUUUUCGUCCUGA